AUGAAGGUUCACUUGCGCAGACUGCUGCAACACUCCAGUUGGCUGAGCGUCGGGACGGACCCGCACCGAGGACCUGGCGCUCUUCGCGGCACUGGCCUUUCCUCUGGUGUCCGUCACGAUGGAAGGCUCGAUAUAACGAGAUUUCCCCGAAUCUCCGGCAUUCAAAUCAUCAUAGUCAACCUCCUGAAGGCGGUCCUCGCCGCCAACUUGUGCUUCGUGCAGCUCGCCGUUGCCCAUCCCAAGGAGUCAAAGUCGGACACCACGCCAGCCUUUCAGUUUCCUGGCUGCCCCAGCGAUCAAAGCUAUGAGUUAGUCCGUUCAGACGAAGACCCUGUCGUCUCCAUCAUUCGUAAGAACAAGCCGGAGAAGUUUUGUCGGUCCUACUGCCCUAGUCAGUGUGCCUCGUCAAAGCCGCACGGCUUCGACCACGGUCCUGACCAGGCUAUCAACCGUCAGGGUCCCACGUCCACCAUCCUCACCACGGUCACCGAUACUUCGACCGUCACAGAGGUCACAACAACGACGACAACCUCCGUCAUCCCCAUCGGCUUCAAGGGUGACACACCCGUCCCGCGCGGCCUCGACGAGCGCGACGCCAGCGUUCCCUCUUAUCUUAGGAGGUACUCGCGCCAGCAGAUCUGCAACGCCUGUGCCGCCGUGUACCCCCCUCGGCGCGGCCCGACCCAGACGGUCAAGAAAGGUCGUCACAGCCACCAAGACAGCCACAAAGACAGCCACAAAGACAGCCACCAAGACGACGACGAAGCGUCCAUCGGCCACCAUCACCAAGGUCUCAACCUUUACGCUGUCGCCCACGACCCGCACAAGGACGAUGCCCACGACCGUGACGACGACGCGCUUCACAACGACAACGCCCUCAACGACAAGGAUCAUCACCGAACUCACGACGACGACGACGACCGAGGAGACCACGGCAACAGCCACCAUCUGCGAACGGCAACAGCCAAUCGUUGGCAUCUCUAUCACUCAUCCCGGCCGCUUCGUGGAACUCGGAAACUUCGAAGACAGCGCCGGGUGCUGCGUCGCCUGCUUCCGGUACCAAGGCUGCCAGAGCUGGGCAUCCCUCAAGGGCCGUGA